AUGCCUACGAGUUAUGAAAAUGUUAAUCCAAAAAUUUAUGAAAAAAGUGAAAAUAGAGAAUUGACCGUUGAAGAAGAAGAUGAAUUAAUUUCUGAUGAAAUUGAUUGUAGAGAAGUAUUUGAUCUUUUGAGAAAUGUCUCAGAUCCAGAGUAUCCGUUAACACUUGAAGAAUUAAAUGUUGUUUCACAAAAUCACAUAAAAGUAAUUAAUGAAACAAAUGAAGUUGUUGUUAAUUUCACACCCACAGUUCCACAUUGUAGUAUGGCAACAUUAAUAGGUUUAUCGUUAAGGGUUCAACUUUUAAGAGCAUUGCCAUCAAGGUACAAAGUUGAUAUUUGCAUAACACCUGGUAGUCAUGCAUCUGAAACAGCAGUUAACAAACAGCUUAAUGAUAAGGAAAGAGUCGCUGCAGCAUUGGAAAAUCCACAUUUAACGGAAGUAAUCAAUCACUGCAUUGGUAAAACAUUAUUAUAA